AUGGAGGGGCUGGGGGCCCUGCUCCUCCUCUUGCUCUCGCUUUGCCUCCUGGCCUUCGGUCUUUACUGCUGCUACGUGAGAGCCAUCCACGCCAAGUACGAUCAUAUCCCCGGCGCCCCGAGAGCGAGCUUUUUACUGGGACACCUGCCAAUCAUCUGGAGAAUGCUAAAGAAAAAUGAGCUGGUGCAUGAUCUCUUCAUACAAUGGGCAGAGGAGUAUGGCCCCAUUAUGCGUUUUAAUGCCUUUCACAGAGUCUCACUAAUGGUUCUAAGUCCUGAAGGAGUAAAGGAGUUCCUGACGAUACCACAGUACCCGAAGGAUCGAAUAACAUAUAGCAAACUCUAUGCUAUAUUUGGCAUGAGAUUUUUAGGGAAUGGCUUAGUGACUGAUCUUAACCAUGAUCAUUGGUACAAGCAACGGAGAAUUAUGGAUCCAGCUUUCAGCCGAAUCUACCUGAUUGGUUUGAUGGAAACCUUUAAUGAAAAAGCAGAGGAGCUGAUGAAGAAGCUAGAGGAAAAAGCAGAUGGAAAAACUGAACUGGACAUCAUGAGCAUGAUGAGCCGAGUGACUCUGGAUGUUAUUGCAAAGGUGGCCUUUGGCCUAGAAUUAAACACGCUGCAUGAUGACCAGACGCCUUUCCCACAUGCCGUGUCCAUGGUCAUGAAAGGAAUGAACGAGAUACGUGUCCCUCUUGUGCAGUACAUGCCAGGAAAACAAAAAUUGAUAAAGGAGAUCCGGGAAAGUGUGAGACUGCUGCGCCGUGUGGGAAAGGAAUGCAUUGAGCAGAGGCGAGAGGCCAUCCAGAAUGGGGAGGAAGUCCCACGAGAUAUUCUUACUCAGAUCCUGAAAGGGGAUGCAGCUCAGGAGGAGUCUAGAGAUGAUGAAAAUAUUCUGGAUAACUUUGUCACUUUCUUCAUUGCUGGUCAUGAGACAACUUCUAAUCAGUUAUCAUUUACAAUAAUGGAACUGGGGCGGCAACCUGAAAUACUAGAAAGACUUCAUGCUGAAGUGGAUGAGGUUAUUGGAGCCAAGAGGGACAUUGACUAUGAAGAUCUUGGGAAGCUCAAGUACUUGUCACAGGUUCUCAAAGAAUCCCUCCGAUUAUACCCUCCCGUUCCAGGGACCAUACGUUGGACAGGAAAGGAAAAUGUCAUUGAAGGCAUCAGAAUUCCAGCAAAUACUACUCUAAUUUUCAGCACAUAUAUCAUGGGAAGGCUGGAAAAGUUUUUCAAGGACCCACUGACCUUUAAUCCUGACCGAUUUAACAAAGAUGCACCAAAGCCAUAUUUUACCUAUUUUCCAUUUUCUUUGGGACCCCGUUCCUGUAUUGGACAGAUAUUUUCACAGAUGGAAGCUAAAGUGGUGAUGGCAAAACUGCUUCAGAGGUUUGAAUUUCAGCUGGUGCCAGGGCAGAGCUUUAAAAUUUUGGAUACAGGAACCUUAAGACCAAAAGACGGCAUAGUGUGCAUAUUGAAACCACGGAUCAUUACAAAAGGGUCCCAAAAAUAA